UCUCGACUCCUCGAGGGACCUCCUGCAAGCGAGACCACACAGUACUUGUCCUUUGUGCCUAGCUUGUUCCACUUAGCAUAAUGUUUUCAAGGUUCAUCUCUGUGGUAGCAGGGGUCAGAAUAGCCUUCCUUUUUUUCUGGCAGAAUAAUAUUCCUUUGUGCGGAUACAUCACGUUUUAUUUAUCCAUUCAUUCCUGAAUGGACUCUCGGAUGGUUUCCAACUUUCGGCCAUUGUGAAUAACGCGACUCUGCAAAAAGUGAAGUCUUUGAAUGCAGGUGCUUCCAACCAGGGGCAGAGAAUGUUGCUGCUUGAAGAGAAGCCAUCCUCCUCCCAUGCCAGAGAUAAGGCGUCAGCACUGACACUCGCAGAGAAGUCGAGGCUCUGCAGCUGGACGAUAACACGGAGAGAGGACGCAAGGGCGUGCGGGUCUCCACAGGGUCUGAGCUCUUACUCCAGAACCGUGUGGCCUGCUGGUUAGAGCCCUGGCGACUGCUUAUUAUUUGGGGCCGUAAGAAGUUUAAGUCCCAUCUAGUCUGUGGUACCACAGAACAACUUUACUCUUCCACAGCCUGGUGCUUUACUGUAGAUGGACUUAUUGAGGAGAGCAUGGCCAGAGCCGUCAUGUUCAAGGGCUGGCUGGGACUUCACGGCCCUGUACUCUGUGCUUCUCCAGGGCAAUGGCAAGAAGCCACCUCGGUUACUGUUUCCAUGCCAGGAGCCUGGCUCACAGCUAUGUUAAUAAACACUGUAUAUGCGGUCAGGAGUGUAACCUGUUCCACGCAGUUACGAGAGUGAGCUGUGCACGAUUUUGAACCGCGUGCCUCUCUGGUCGGUGAAGACGUACACUGUCUAAAUCGUGCACAGAUGCCAUAGUGAUGGGCCUUGGGAAAGCGGCAUGAAAAUCCAUCUCCAAAGUGAAGGGAGACGACUGUGAAGUCAGAGGAGGUGUCAAUGCUCACGUCACGGGAUCUAUGCUUGACUAGCGUGAAGCGCUCUCAGGUGAAGUUAGAGACGCACUGUCCGGUGUGAAAAUCUAAAAUGACAGCAGAAGUGUACGCAGGGCCUGGGACCCGACAGGAGCAAAACCUAACCAAACAGUCCGUGUUGACUGACAUCUCAUUUGAGGGGAUCGGGUAGGCAUAAAAUGCAGUCUUCACGUUCAUGCUCAGCAGAGGCGCAGUGAACUAAUGUCACAGAGAUGGCUUUUAUGAAAAAGACCAAAAGGGGUAUCUCGGGAAGGGUCAGUCAGGGGGACCCAGGGACGCGGCCUGGCUCAUGUGCCCUUCUGCUUCACCUGCGAACUUGCUGGAGCCAAAUGGCCUUUUUGGGGUCCCUCCCCACUGACCCCCCCUUCUGCUUGCAGUUCUGGGAGGUGAUUGGUGAGGAGCAUGGGAUCGACCCAGUGGGCAGCUACGUUGGGGACUGUGCCCUGCAGCUGGAGAGGAUCGGCGUGUACUACAACGAGGCCCACGGUAGGAAGUUCGUGCCGCGCGCCGUCCUCGUGGACCUGGAACCGGGGACCAUGGACAGCAUCCGGUCCAGCAGACUGGGGGCCCUCUUCCAACCGGACAGUUUCAUCCACGGCCACUCUGGGGCCGGCAACAACUGGGCCAAGGGCCACUACACGGAGGGCGCGGAGCUGCUGGAGCGCGUGCUGGACGUGGUGCGGGGCGAGGCCGAGGCCUGCGACUGUCUGCAGGGCUUCCAGCUGACCCACUCGCUGGGCGGCGGCACGGGCUCCGGGAUGGGCACGCUGCUCAUGAACAAGAUCCGCGAGGAGUUCCCGGACCGCAUCCUGAACGCCUUCAGCGUCAUGCCGUCGCCCAAGGUGUCGGACACGGUGGUGGAGCCCUACAACGCGGUGCUGUCCGUGCACCAGCUCAUCCACAACGCCGACGCCUGCUUCUGCAUCGACAACGAGGCCCUCUACGACAUCUGCUUCCGCACCCUGCGGCUGGCCACGCCCACCUACAGCGACCUCAACCACCUGGUGUCCUUGACCAUGAGCGGCAUCACCACGUCGCUGCGCUUCCCGGGCCAGCUCAACGCCGACCUGCGCAAGCUGGCCGUGAACAUGGUGCCCUUCCCGCGCCUGCACUUCUUCAUGCCCGGCUUCGCCCCGCUCACCGCCCGCGGCAGCCAGCAGUACCGCGCCCUGUCGGUGGCCGAGCUCACCCAGCAGAUGUUCGACGCCCGCAACGCCAUGGCCGCCUGCGACCCGCGGCGCGGCCGCUACCUGACGGCCGCCUGCAUCUUCCGGGGCAGGAUGUCCACCAAGGAGGUGGACCAGCAGCUGCUGGCCGUGCAGACGAGGAACAGCAGCUGCUUCGUGGAGUGGAUCCCCAACAACGUGAAGGUGGCCGUGUGCGACAUCCCGCCCCCGGGACUGAACAUGGCCGCCACCUUCAUCGGCAACAACACGGCCAUCCAGGAGCUGUUCAGCCGGGUGCGCGAGCACUUCUCGGCCAUGUUCAGGAGGAAGGCCUUCGUGCACUGGUACACGGGCGAAGGGAUGGACGUGCACGAGUUCGUGGAGGCCGAAGCCAACAUCCACGACCUGGUGUCCGAGUACCAGCAAUUUCAAGAUGCCAGGGCGGUUCUCGGGGCGCACGAAGGGGCCGAGGCGGGGGCGGACGCGCAAGCGGAAAGUAGGGAACAGUAGCCGGGCGGGGAGCUGCGUGAGCGGCAGCUGCAGGGUGCGGUGGCUUGCGUCCUGGGCUGCAAUCCCAGGCCCGCUCUGCUCGGCGCAGCGGGUUGACACCCACAUGGCCACUGGUACCAGCUUUGACACAGGACUGCGGGGAGGGGGCCGGGCACGUAAUGAUAGGCGUUAGGGUCUUUGGCUGGCACUUACUAACACGAGCAGUUUGGUGUUCAACACACUCUACGAAGCCUUCUGAUAGCAAAGCGCAUCCCUUGGAAAGCGCUCCCUUUGACGACGUUUGGCGGGUAUUCAGCAUUGGCACAGCAGUGCGGGCGUCAGGGCGACACGUGGCCGUGCGGGGGGCCACUGCAGUUGUGCUAACUUGACGCUAUUUAGCGGCGCCGAGGAGCACCCUGCCUCCUCGCCCCGCUGGCCUCGAAAGCCAGGUCUAACCGGUGGGCAGGGAGCGGACUGUGUGGGCCCCGCACACAAGCCAGCGUGCCAGCGGAAAGGGAAAAGGGACGAAACACCCACCACAAAACUGACCCAAAACGCGACAGGCGCGACUCAGGAGCUGCAGUCCCCCCCUUUAUUUCUGAAUGGCUGGCCUCUAGCACCCAUGUCGGUAUGCUUUCAGUUUCUUAUCAGUGCCAGACUCCGGGAAUUCAUCAGUCGCCGUCCGUUGUCCUCGUUGAAGGUCAUUUUGAAAUGCCCUUUUCACUUCCAGUGAUCAGCUUCGGAGACGCUGCUGCUUCGGGAAGGGCACAGCGUACACUCGGCAACCGUUCAAAUACAAGAAGCAAGCAGUGUCCUUCCCGGUUACAGAGGACAUCAUCUCAUUAGGGAACUUUUACAGUUCAAAUUAAUUUGCAGAAGUUGCCAUAAAUGUUUGCAUGAUGACAUAGCUUUAACCAUUACACGAUUUUAAUCUGCUCACAUUACAACAGAAGCAAAUACACAAGAGUGUGAUCAAAUCAUCCAUAACUUCUUAAUUACAGUUUACCUAUUUCGGACAUACAGCACCACGGUCCCUCCCAGCACCAUGAGGGUUUUAAUGGCCUUCUAGAAUUAGCACUGAGCUGUAUGCUACUUGAUUCAUGGGUUGCCGGCAAUGGGAAGAUGCUCUGACCCUCAGCGCAGAAAAUAUUUACUUGUAGGCAACGGGGUUCUCACCUCUCGGUCGGCUUGUGUCAGCUACAAUAAUGAUAAGGUAGAGGAGGAUGGAUGCCAGUAGCUCAUUCUGAGAAAUUUUGCUCUUUUCACAAAUGCAUCAUGAGGAAGUAACUGAAAUAUGCACUAACAGCAAAUUAAGUCUUCUUGUUGGUAUCGUGGCAAGCCUUCUAUUUACAAAAUAAAAGAAAAAGUUUUAAACGCUUUCUACCUAUUCAAGAUUGCAAAAGUAGGUUUAAUAAGAAACUGCACCUAUAUACUCUUAGUUUGAAGUUCCUAACUUCCUUAGAUGCUAAAAAGACUUACAACCUGUGGUUUUAAAAGAAUUUACACACAAGCUUUCUCCAGCACUUUCCUUCCCAAAUCUAAAAAGACAAAUAAUGCAAGGAAGGAUAGAAAUCUCAAUUAAAAAAACUGCCGAUUUAUAUUACUGCAAAGAUUUUUUUGUUUGCUCAAUAGUAAUCAUUAAAGUACAAAAAACCUUAAUUUUAAAUGGUGAAAUUGCUUUAUUUCAGACAAAUAAAUUCUUUUUCUUGGAGUCUAACCACCCAGACUGAUUGAGUAGUUAAAAAUAUUUCAAAAUGUAUCUUACCAGCCUACUCUUUCGUAGGGUAGAAACAGAUUAAAAAGAAAAAAACAAACAAACAAACAAAAAAAACCCAUUAGUAACCCAAAGAAAUGUCCCGAUUCUGAAGGGCCUAUUCCUUUAGCAGUAUGGUUGCUACGGUGACACUGGCCUCUCAGAGACCCACACAAUAGAAUCAGAAUUUUAGAGCUUGUCCGAUCCUUUCACUUCAUACACGAGAACGUGGCAUGACCAAGAGACUGACGAUGCCCUCAACGGUCACCCAGCUAGUUAGUGAGACACCCGCAAGCAGAUCUGAUCGAGGCCCCUGGCGAUCUGGACAGUUCUGCCAGCUACCCAGCAGGGCUGGAUGCAGAAAGUUUGUUUCAUCGGUUACCAGUUCAGGAUUUGUUUUCAAUCGCAGAGGAAGAGCCCUAAAGAAUCUCUGCUGGCAGUAAACCUGUCUUUUAUUCAGUUACUUUAAUCCCUGCCAUGUCACAAGCCCUGUCCCUGAGUCUCACCUCUAAUUAUCACAUCCGCCUCCCUAAUAAGUGACUUAGCUCUAAUUACUUGGCUGGAAAUAAUUUAGCCCUUUGCCUAUCACUUACUUUAUUCAUCUGGAAUCAAAGAGGCCUGACAGCCGUGUGACUCAUUUACUCCUGUCUGUAUGAAAGAUGCUUCUUAGUACUCAUCCCUUGGGAAGGGAGGACUGACAGACAACUCAGGUGUUUGACUUCAAAACAGGACAACAGCCCGAGGCAAAGGACUCAGGCAGCUCAUCAGCGGCUGGCCAGUGCCCAGCGCCCGGCUCCCCCUCGCCCACUGGCUGCUUCUCCUCACAUGCCCAGAAUGAAACAAAACCGAAAGGUCAGGAAGUCGCGUCCCGAAGCCGAGAACAGGCAUUUUCCUGGGCUCCUCCUGGGCAUCGCCAGGUGGCCCCGACAAGAGCUGGUCAUGUACACAAGCUCAACAGUGUUUUAAAAGCUCCUGUUCCAUCUUUUUUCUCCACUCCCCAACAGUUCUAUCAAGCAGUUAACUUUGGAAUGGAGUUUUACUUGGCCAAGUGCUUCCAAGUUUUAAAGAAAGAUAAAAACAAAACACUUGCAACAAUUCUUCACCCGUAAAUAUUUAAUGAAUAAACGAAUCACCCUGCAAACACCAUUUAACUGUGGUGGGUUAUGGGGCCUGAGACCGCAGUCAAGAACCUUCGAUUUUAACUUUGGCUCGGCCAGCUAACUCGAAAAGCCAGCUACUGAACAGCUUUGCCUUGUUGCCUGUUUAGAGAAAUGCUCCCAGGACAGAGAGAUUCACUUAUAAAACAAUGUGAAACGCUUUUUGUGCUUAAAUUCCAAAUCAAUAGUUCGUCUCUAAAGGUUUUAAGUGCUUGAUAAAACGAAUACGAUUUAGUCUUUUUUCUUCUAACCUAAGGUUUUAGUUGUUUUCACUUUGGCUCCUGGCCAAGCAGCACUAUGUGGAGGCAGUGCCACCUGCACCUAGGGGCAGGGCUGGUGGGCGACAAGCCAUCGACCACUGACACAGCUUCUGCGGUCCGAAGAGAAGGGACAAUGAGAGUGCCUUGAUGACACAGCCUAAUUGUGUCAGUUAAUGUCACGAAUAGAGGACUUGCUACUUUGAGACACUUGCAAACUGUUUUCUGGAUCCCUUUGGUCCCUCGAUAUUAAACCUGUCCCCCCCGCCGCAACCUCGGUUCGCAUGAU